AUGAUGUCUUACCUCAAACAACCCCCAUAUGGCAUGAAUGGGCUGGGCCUGGCCGGGCCGGCCAUGGACCUUCUGCACCCCUCUGUGGGCUAUCCGGCCACCCCGCGGAAGCAGCGGCGGGAGCGCACCACCUUCACGCGCUCACAACUGGACGUGCUUGAGGCGCUGUUCGCCAAGACUCGCUACCCUGACAUCUUCAUGCGCGAAGAGGUGGCGCUCAAAAUCAACCUGCCAGAGUCCAGAGUCCAGGUCUGGUUCAAGAACCGCCGCGCCAAGUGCCGCCAGCAGCAGCAGAGCGGGAGCGGAACCAAGAGCCGCCCAGUCAAGAAGAAGUCGUCUCCGGUGCGGGAAAGCUCCGGCUCUGAAAGCAGCGGCCAGUUCACGCCACCCGCUGUCUCCAGCUCUGCCUCGUCCUCUAGCUCGGCGUCCAGCGCCUCCGCUAACCCGGCGGCUGCGGCGGCUGCGGGCCUAGGUGGCAACCCGGCGGUGGCAGCCGCAUCGUCGCUCAGUACGCCUGCUGCCUCCUCCAUCUGGAGCCCGGCUUCCAUCUCACCCGGCUCAGCACCGGCGUCUGUGUCAGUACCCGAACCGCUGGCUGCGCCAAGCAACGCCUCAUGUAUGCAGCGCUCGGUAGCCGCAGGUGCCGCCACUGCGGCAGCGUCCUAUCCCAUGUCCUAUGGCCAGGGCGGUAGCUAUGGUCAGGGCUACCCCACGCCUUCCUCUUCCUACUUUGGCGGCGUGGACUGCAGCUCAUACCUAACGCCCAUGCACUCGCAUCACCACCCGCACCAGCUCAGCCCCAUGGCACCCUCCUCCAUGGCCGGCCACCAUCACCACCACCCGCACGCGCACCACCCGUUGAGCCAGUCCUCAGGUCACCAUCACCACCACCACCACCACCACCACCAAGGCUACGGUGGCUCGGGGCUUGCCUUCAACUCUGCCGACUGCUUGGAUUACAAGGAGCCUGGCGCCACCGCUGCUUCUUCCGCCUGGAAACUCAACUUCAAUUCGCCCGACUGUCUGGACUAUAAAGACCAAGCCUCAUGGCGAUUCCAGGUCUUGUGA